GCGUCAACCCCGCCAGAACACUGCACUUACUGAAGCAGAGAGCUGAUUGAGUUUGGGUUUACUUUCAUCUCUGGUCACGACAGACUGACCACACAAAUCCAAACAUGGAGUUCAUCAAAGAGGAGAGUGAAGAUGUGACGAUUGACGAGACAUUCAGAGUCAGACGUGAAGACACUGAGGAACAACAAACAGAGCUGAUGGCGCUUAAAGAGGAGAAUCAAGAACUGAGUGUAAUGGAAAAGAAACAUCAUGCUUUUGUAACUGGAGAACAGACAUCCUCUAGAGUUCAAAACACUGAAAGCUUUAAUCAGCACCCGACGGUUCACUCGAGUGAGAACUUGUUUAAAUGCGGUCAGUGUGGAAGACAGUUCUGGAACAUUAAACAUCUCAACAGACACACAAUACUUCAUUCCAAAGAAAAGCCUUUUAAAUGCCAGCAGUGUGAAAAGUGUUUUAAACUCGAAAAAUACCAGAAGAAUCACAUGAAGAUUCACAGCGGACAGAAGCCGUUCACGUGCACUCAGUGUGGGAAGUGUUUCGGUCAUAAAGUCUGCCUCAAGAAUCACAUGACCCUUCACACCGGAGAGAAGCCUUACACCUGCAGACUGUGUGGAAAGAGCUUCUCACAAAGCGGGAAUCUUAAAUCUCACACGAGAGUUCACACCGGAGAGAAACGCUACACCUGCCCUCACUGCAAAAGAAAAUUUGGUCACAAAAACAGCCUCAAUGAUCACUUGAGGAUUCACACCGGAGAGAAGCCCUACACAUGCCAACAGUGUGACGAGAGAUUUAAACACAAAGGGUCUUUUGAAAUACACGUGAUGCGUCACGCUGGAGAGAUGCCCUUCACCUGCCAACUGUGCGGGAAGGGCUUCCCACAGAGAGCAAAUCUGAAGAAUCACAUAAGAGUUCACACUGGAGAGAAGCCGUUCAUCUGUUCCCACUGCGGAAAGGGUUUCACUUUUAAAGGAAACCUUAAGAUUCACAUGAGGAUUCACACUAGAGAGAAGCCGUACUCGUGCUCUCAGUGUGAGAUGAGGUUCCUGUAUAAAAGAGACCUGAAACAGCAUUUACAAACCCAGUGUUCCUCAGAGUGACGAGAGGCUAUUUGUGUGUGUGAGACGGUUCACAUGACCUUAGAGGCUUUUUUCUAUUGUCAUGUUCAGAAGUGGCCACAUGUUCAUAUGUGCAUCCUUUCAGGUUGCAAUAAACAUCCUCUCAUUUUGA